AUGGAAAAAUCGAAUAAGCCUGACCCGCUCAAGAUCACUUCCGAACGAAGUUCACCUUCUAAGGAUGAACCCUCAUCGCCAAAACCGUUCCUUUCGUUCUCCAUCGAAAACAUUCUGAGGCGCGAACCAUGUAAAACCAGUCCCUGUGAAGGGGAAAUUGCUUACACUUCCGAGAACACUCCUAACAGUCCUGGCGUAAGCGAGAAACAAAGCCUUACCAAGCUCCCCUGGCUGUCUUAUACCAGAUACAGCCCACCCAAGCUUCCAAGAGCACAACGACGCAAGAGCCGUAAGCGAAGAUCUAGUGGUAACCCACGCGUCCCUUUUUCCACAUCUCAGCUAAUGGAGCUUGAACACAAGUACGUAGAGACGCGCUACCUGUCCGGCCCGGAGGUGGCCGAAUUAGCAAACGGACUUAGAUUGUCGGAGCAUCGUGUAAAAAUCUGGUUUCAAAACAGGCGGGCUCGGGAGAAGAAGGCCAAAGAAGAAGGGGGAAUGGAGGACAAAGUAGACAUGGGUGCAUACACGCCUAGGUUGGUCUUAGAGCGCGGAAGAUGUUACUUUCCUGGCUGGUUCGCUGCCGCAAUUUGACACAAUUAAAUGGCGCAAAACGUGUGAAGUCUUAAUCUUGAUUUAUGGAGUGAUAAAACAUAAAGAAACUAGAAAGGCAUGGCCACCUUGUGAAAAGUGUAUAGUUUUAUUGGCCGUGGCGAAUAGGAAAGACUCAAAAUGACUCAACAUGUUUAUUAUUAUAAAAAGGUGGAGAAUAUUGAUUGUGAUGAAGGCUUUGUAAUAGUCUAGGAAAAUAAUUGUGUAAAUGAGACUUGAUUGAUCUCAGCACUUUGCGAAAUAUAGACUCAAAGCACAUA